AUGAAGCAACAGAUGGAGAGGAAGAUGCAGGAGCGAAUUAACAAGCUGCAAGAGAUGGGCUUCGGCGAGAACGGAAACCAGGUGGAGUCUGUGGAGGAAGAGGACGAAGAUGACGACGUUGACUCCUUAGGUCCCAUUCCAGGCUGGUCUCGGGAAGGCAGCCUACGAGAGCCCUUGCGACACCUCAAGAACCACUCGCCAUCCAAAGGGCUCCAGUUGGAGGCGCCGAACCGAAUGGACGACGGCUCCAAGCUUGACGCAGAGGAGGAUUUGGGUGAAGAUCCCAAAUGGGUGCGAACCCGCACCAUGCCACCGGCACUGAGUUCCAAAGCUAAGGCGGCUGCUGGAGGCAUCGGUCCGCGGCCCGCGCUCUCAGUGGCGAGCACUGCGGACUCUGAGAAGCGAUCAGAGGUACAGGAAGAGAAGGAGGAGAAGGAGGAGAAAGAAGAGAAAGAAGAUGACCUUGGGGAUGAUCCUGUGUGGAAUCGAGUUCACUCGACACCUGCAGGCACCGCGAACUACCAAGCGCCCCAGCCGCAGUUUUUAAAAGGCAUCGGCCCCUCCGGUGCGGCGGACGAUGCCUUCGGCCCCAACCGCCGCUGCACCACUAUGGAUCAGGUACGAGGCCGCGCGAUGGCUCAGGCGAACCUGCCACCAGGCAGCGUCGUGCCAGUUAUGAUGCUUGUGCCGCAGAACAUGCUGGGAGGGCAGGUGCAGCAAGGCUGUGCCCCGUACCUCAUGCCAAGCAUGAAGCAGACCAUGCCCAUGAUGUCAGGUAUGGUUCAGCAAGUUCAACAAGUUUCACAGCCAGCGAACCAGCCACGGCAGGAGGAGACCUUCGGCACCUGCAGGCGAUGCAUGUGCAAGUCUUACAGGCAGCCAUGCCGGAAGUCUACGAGGACUAGUUCUGACACCUGUUUUUUGUUCGGUGCGUGA